AUGUAUAGUUCAAGCCUAAUAGUAUAUAAAAGGUUUAAGAUAUAUAAUAAUCGGAACACAAUAAUAAUAGUUGGUAUAAAUAAAAAAGAAGAUGCAUAUAGCAUUUGUGAAUUAAAAAGAAGUAAAGAAAUUGAAAUAAAAAAAUAUUAUGAAAUAUUUGGUAAAUCAAAUUAUCGAAAUUUAAUAAAAAAAAAAAGAGGAGAAUAUUUAUGUAAAUGUGAAGGUAUAUUAGGAUGUAUUAAAUUUCUAAAUUAUCCAUAUUUAUAUGUAGUUACAGAUAAAGAAAAAAUCGGAGUUUUAUUUAAUGAACAUGUAAUAUAUAGUGUAAAAAGUGUUUUGUUAAUAUCUUUUAAAGAAGAUAUAUUUGAAAAAAUAAAUCAUGAAAAUAAUUUAGUACAAAUUUUUUAUAAUUCAGCAAAUCAUAAAUAUUUAUAUUUUUCUUAUACAUAUAAUUUAGCUAAUAGUUUACAAAAUAACUAUUUUAUACAAAAAGAAUAUUUAAAAGGAAAUAUAAUAUAUAAUAAAAAAUAUAAAAAUAAUUAUAUUUGGAAUUUCUAUCAUUGUAAACCUUUUUUAAAAAAAAAUAUUUUUAUUUGUCUAUUUGUAAUAAAUGGCUAUUUAAUUCAAUCUAAAAUAUCAUUUUCAGGAAAAUAUGUUGAUAUUAUAUUUGUUGCUAGACGUAGUUAUAAAUAUGCUGGAACAAGAUAUAGAAAAAGAGGAAUAAAUUAUAAUGGUUUUUCAGCAAAUGAAGUAGAAUCUGAAAUAAUUUUACAUGAAAAAAAUAAUAUAUCUAAUGGUAUAUUAUCUUAUGUACAUUUAAGAGGUUCUGUGCCUGUAUUAUGGAAUCAAUCUAUAAAUUAUAAAUUAUUAAAAAAACCAAAAAUUAAAUGUAUGGAAAAUGAUAUCAAUUUUAUAUGUACAAAAAAACAUUUUAGUUAUCUAUUUAAAAAAUAUGGAUAUCCAAUUACCGUUGUUAAUUUAUUAAGUAAAAAUAAAUAUAGUGAUGAAGAUUUAUUAUCUAAUACAUAUAAAAAAUGUGUUAAUCUAAUUAAUAAAUAUAUACCUACAAAUAUUAGAAUUAUAUAUAAACAUUUAGAUUUAAGAAAAUUAUAUAAAAUUGGAACUAAAUUUGCUCAAUAUCAUUUAAAACGUUUAUUUAAAUUCUCUUUAAAUAAUAUUGGUUUUUUUUUUAUACAUAAUAAUCAAGUUUUAUCGAUUCAGAGAGGUGUGCUUCGUUUUAAUUGUGUAGAUUGUAUCGAUCGAACGAACGCUGCUCAAAUUUUUAUAAAUAUAUAUAUGUUUAUUAAAUUUAUUACAUUAAUAAAUGUAUUAAAAAAAUCAGAUUUAUUUAUAUAUGAUUUAAAAAAGCUUUUUCAGAUGUGUGAACAAUUAGGAGAUGCAGUAGCAAAACAAUAUGCAGGUUCUAUGGCUCAUAAAAAAUAUACAUCUGAACAACAUAUUAAUUUUUUUAUUCAAACAAAAGAAUUAUUUACAUCAAUUAAAAGAUAUUAUAUUAGUUCUUUUAAUGAUUUAGAAAAACAAAAUUCAAUUAAUUUAUAUUUAGGUAUUAUUAAAUCAAAGUUGAAUCAAAUAGAUAAUGCACAUAAUCUCGACACUUAUAUACACAACUCCUUUUUCAAAGAUAUUGGAAAUUAUAAAUUUUGGUGGGUUUUACCUCUAGAACAUUUUUAUUAUAAAGUAGAAUCACUACUUGAUGUCUCACUCGGCGAAUGUGAAAGGCGGAGGAAAAAAAAAAAAUAUAUACAUACAUGCAAAAAAAAAAAAAUAUAUAGAUGCAAAAAAGAAAAAAUAUAUAGAUGCAAAAAAAAAAAAAUGUAUAGAUGCAAAAAUGGAACCAAAUUGUGUAUAUCGAAACUGUCUUUGCAUUUAAAAGGGUAUAGAAAAAUUGUAAAAAAUGUAAAUAAAAAUUUAAAAUUCUAUAGCUGUUAUAGCAAAACAAAUGUCUUUAAAAAUAUGUACAAUGUCAAUAAUAUGUUCAACACAUUUUUAAAACAAAAUCGAAUAUUAAAUUUGGAAAAAUAUUCAAAUAUAAAUCAAGUUAACAAAAAUAAAGAAAUAGAGACACAAAAUAAUGUAAUAAAUAAUGUAAUAAAUAGUGAUCAAAUAAUUUUUAAUUUUUUUAAAGAAAUAUGUUAUACAUUUGAAUAUUACAAUGUUUAUAAAAACAAUUAUAAUCAUUUUUUUAAAAAUAAAAAUAUUUUCCGACUUAAAAUUUGGAGAUUAAUUGCUUGUUACAAUUAUCUAAAUUAUUUAAAAAUUUUUUUUCAUUUUUUUUUUCUUGUUUAUUAUUCUUUUUGUUCCAAAUAUAAUGUUAUUCAAGUUUAUUUGGACCAUUUACGAAUCAUUUCAGAAUGGCAACCAACCCACCUACCACCUCACGAAGCAGACAGAGCAGGCGAAGCAACCGAAGCAGCCGAAGCAAGCAGACCAAACAGAGCAACCGAAGCAGCCGAAGCAAGCAGACCAAACAGACCAAACAGAGCAACCGAAGCAGACGAAGACAAAUGCUAUUUGUAUGGCGAUGGGAAUAACUAUGAUGAAGAUACUUGUAUUGUUAACAGAACCGACAAUUUGUUUCACACUUCAAGCCAAUUUAAUUCUUAUAAAAGUGAUGUAGAAAAUAUUAUUGAACAAUUUAAAAAACGAGGAAAUAUGCCUAUUUCAUUACAUUCAUAUAUUAAUUAUUUUUAUAUAAAUAAAUUUAAUUACAAUUAUUUUAUUUUAAACUUAUCAUAUAUGCCGGAGGAAAAUAAUAAUGAGGAAAUGGAUGUACAAAAAAAAAAAAAAAAAAAAAAAAAAAAUACUAAUACGAAUACUAAUACUAAUACUAAUACUAAUACAAAUAUUUUUAACGAAAUUGCAAUGCCUUGUAGUAACCAUCAGAUGAAAGGAUUGCAUGCUUUCAGUUCCAAAAUAAUUCAUAAAAAAAAAUCCAAGCUUAUUUUGGAUCGCCACAUAAAAAAACCGAAACUUAUUUUGGAUCGCCACAUAAAAAAACCGAAACUUAUUUUGGAUCAUCAUAUAAAAAAAAAUAUUAUAAAUCUACCAUGUAUAUAUAGCCCAAUUUAUUUUAAUGCAAAACUGAUAAAAUAUUUUAUGUUUGCUCAUUAUUAUUAUGCUUCUUCUCCUUCCUCUUUGUCUUCUAUUUAUAAUUAUAAAAAUUUAGGGAACAUGAAAAAAAAUACCGAUUUGGUAGGAAUACAAAAUGGGGAUAAAUUGGCUAAAUCAAAUAAAACUACUACUUUUUAUAAUAUCCAAUUUUAUCUCAAAAAAAUUAUUGAAAUGGAUAAUGGAUGUAAUAUUAACACAUUUUUCACCGAACUAUAUAUGUCUUAUAUUUAUAGUUGCCAUUAUUACAAAAAAAUUAGUUUAAAUUUUCAAGGGGAUAUAAAAACGCUUUUUUAUAAUCCUACAAACACAGUUAAUAACAAUAUUAAUGAUAAUAAUAAUAUUAAUGAUAACAAUGAGAAAAAAGUAAAUAAUAUAAAAUCUGAAAAAAUUCAAUUUUUGCAAGAAUAUGAUUCAUUUGAAAAUAUUUUAAAAGAAAAAAAAAAAAUAAAAUUAAUUAAUGAAAAAAUACAUAAUGAAAUAAAUUAUCAUUAUCAGCUAGCUAAUAAAUAUAUGUCUAUUGAUAGUUUCCAAAAAAAAUAUGAUCAUGAAAUGAAAUAUUUUCAAGAAAAAGAUCAAAAAAUUAAAAAUUAUUUUAAAAAAAAUACUAAACUAUGUAAUAUUUCAAAUAAAAAUGAUCAUAGUAAUAAAAUAGUUGAGUUUAUUGAAAAUAUCAAAUUAAUUCAUAAAAAAAAAGUAUAUAAAUGGGAACAUAAAAAUGUUGAAAACUUUAAUUCACUAUCUGAUCAACUUGAAAAUAAAAUGAAUUAUCACGAUUAUUGUGACCCUUUACGUAGAAAAAUAUUUGCCUAA